AAAGAGAAGCAACUGAUAAAAGAAGACGAGUGUAAAGCGAAAAAGUGAAAAAAUUUGCACUUUUUCACAAGAAUUUCAUUGAGAUUUUUGUGCUGCCGGUAGAGCAGUAAAAAAAGAAAAUAUUUCAACAGAUUUUGUAACUGCAACAAUAAGAAAAGUUUAUAAAACUAAAGAAAACUAAUUAAUAAAAUAAUUUUCAAUUGGAAAACGUGAAAAACAACAAGUUUAAACGAAAACUAAACAACGUGGUUGAAAAAAAAGGAAAAGUACGAAUGACGAGAAAAUCAUAUAGAAAAAAAAUUAUGCAAAAAAAAGUAAUUUCGUUGACAAGUGUGUGACAACGGAAUUUAAGUAAAUUUUAAAGAACAAAUUUGCGAACAAAGAAAAAAAACGGCUGGAAAUUUAAGAUAAAAUUAUAAAUUUUAAGCAUAAAAAGUUAAAUAUACAACAAUAACGUAAUAUUUUAAAGCAAAAGGAUAAGAAAAACUAAAAAGAAAGUUUAAUAAUGAAGACAGCUGUUUGAUAGAAACAAAAGAAAAAAAUAGGAAUCAUCAAAAAAAGAAGAAACCUUCAGCUUUUUUUCCAACAUUUUCUUUUAGAAUUUUUUGCCAUUUGUGGGGAAAAGGCUUAAAAAAAGAACAAACAACAACAACAAUAAGAAAUCAUAAAAGCAGCAGUUUUUAAAUAAAGAAAUAAAAUUUUAACCAGCAAUUAUAAAAUAAUAAUAGUGAACGCCCGCCGUUUUAGAGUCCUCCUUUUUAAACAAAUAAUAAUCGAUAUAACAAAUAAAAAAGCUUAAAUUUAAUUUAUUAAAUCUACAGCCACAAUAAUAAAUAAUAAUAUAAAUUAUUAGCAGCUUUAAGCAGCACUUAAUUUUCUCUAAGGAUUUUUAGAACGCCAAGCGCAACGUUUUCUACUACCACAACAGUACGCCCCGCUCCCACCAACUUGUCUUAAAUUUGUGCUUUUUUUUUCUGGACUUUGUCUUUGAGAUAAACUUCUUCGUAUUUUUUAUAAAGAAACACUUACUUUUUUUUAACAAAUAAACAAGAUGGUUAAAGAAAAACCCAAUUCUACGCGUAUCUACGAUAAGGAUGGCUUUCGUAGACGUGCAGCCUGCAUUUGUGUACGUUCGGAUGCUGAAGCUGAGGUGCUUUUGGUAACCUCCUCAAGACGUCCUGAAUUAUGGAUUGUGCCCGGUGGUGGUGUAGAACCGGAAGAGGAACCCUCGGUAACAGCGGUAAGAGAAGUGUUAGAAGAAGCUGGUGUCAUGGGAAAAUUGGGUAGAUGUUUAGGUGUUUUUGAGAAUCGUGAUCACAUGCAUCGCACAGAAGUAUUUGUUAUGACCGUUACCAAAGAACUGGAAGAAUGGGAAGAUUCUCGCAGUAUUGGUCGUAAACGUCAAUGGUUUUCCAUCGAUGAUGCCUUGACACAGCUGGCUCUACACAAACCGACACAACGACAUUAUCUAAUGCAAUUGCGGCAUUCGAAAAACAAUUCAAAUGUUAAUUCAACAACAAAUUCACCAACUGCAGCUUCACCUACUACCGCAUAAAAUUAAUUACUUUUUUUUUUUAUUUGUUUUGCUUCUAAUUUUUUUUUUACCAUAUUAUUCUUCUACUUUUUUUAAAAAAUGUUUCGCUGCUUUAAAAAAG